GGAAUUGACUACAAGACCACAACUAUACUGCUGGAUGGGCGACGGAUAAAGCUGCAGCUCUGGGACACUUCAGGACAAGGAAGAUUUUGCACUAUUUUUCGUUCUUAUUCCAGAGGAGCUCAGGGCGUGAUUCUGGUUUAUGACAUCACCAACCGCUGGUCGUUCGAUGGGAUCGAUCGGUGGAUAAAGGAGAUCGAUGAGCAUGCUCCAGGGGUGCCCAAGAUCCUGGUGGGCAACCGGCUGCACUUGGCGUUCAAGCGGCAGGUGUCUACGGAUCAGGCCCAGAAUUACGCCGAACGCCUAGGAAUGACCUUCUUCGAGGUGAGCCCGCUCUGCAACUUCAAUAUCACGGAGUCGUUCACCGAGCUGGCGCGGAUCGUCCUAAUGCGGCACGGGAUGGACCGCCUCUGGAGGCCGAACAAGGUACUGAGCCUGCAAGACCUUUGCUGCCGAGCCAUCGUCUCCUGCACCCCCGUCCACCUGGUGGACAAGCUCCCCCCCUCCCAGUUGCCUUACGAAGCCAUCUGAAGUCCUUCUCCAUGGCCAACGGACUGAACGCCAGAAUGAUGCACGGCCGUUCCUACUCGCUCACUGCCAACAACCUGAACAAAAGGCACAGCCUGAAAAAAGCCAAGAUCAUCCGUCCUCCUCAGAGUCCCCCCAAAAACUGUACCAGGAACAGCUGUAAGAUCUCCUAG